GAUUAUCAGCUCGGAACUGACCCCUGAGCAAAAGAGCAAUCUAGUGACUCUGUUAAAGUAGUACGCCCGGGCCAUGGCGUGGAAGAUAACUGAUAUUAGAGGUAUUAGCCCAUCCUUCUUCUACCACAGAAUUCGAUGGAGGAUGAGGUUAAGCCAGUCAGGCAGGCACAACGGAGAUUGACUGCUAACUUGGAGGCAGUGGUCCGGGCAGACAUUGUGAAGCCUAUGGAUGUCGGGAUCAUCUUUGCUAUAUCUGAUAGAAAGUGGGUCAAUCCCACUCAGGUGGUCCCGAAUGAGAAGAAUGAGCUGGUUCCGAUGCGGACUGUGACCGGCUGGCGUGUCUGCAUCGACUACCGACACCUGAACGACGCAACCAGGAAGGACCAUUUCCCACUACCUUUCAUUGAUCAGAUGCUGGAGAGGUUGGUUGGACAUGAGUUCUACUGCUUCCUGGAUGAUAUGUUCGGGUACUUUCAGAUCUCGAUCACACUAGAGGAUCAGGCGAAGGCCACCUUCACUUGCCCCUUCGAUACUUUCGCAUACCAGAGGAUUCCAUUUGAGCUCUGCAAUGUACCAGCGACCUUCCAACGGUGUAUGAUGGGGAUCUUCGACCGACUGGUUGGAGAGAUCAUGGAAGUCUGCAAGAACUGAAAGGACGCAUAUGCAUAAGUCAAG